UGUCUCAUGCAUCGACUGUCAACGGUGGAGAGACAUGCGCCAUGGCGACGGAGGACAUUCUGAAGGGUUUUGCAGAUGGCAGCAAGGAAGGGAAUUCGGCAGGAGGGAACAUUGCAGACUGUGCAGAGGUGUUUGCGACAAUAUGUGCACAGACUGCAGAGAUGAUGGGUGAUGGUGAUGAAACAGAGAAUGAUGCAGGAGGGAGCACUUGUGAGACGGAAACGGCUGGGGAAGAGAGAGAGGAGGGCGAGUUCAGGCUGAACGAUUUUUUGUACGACAGUUUUGAUUGCGGAAAGGCAUGGGUGAUUGGCGGGAACGACGCAACAGGGAGUACGGCGUGCCACGAGAGCGAUGCAAGGAGGGAUCCUAGGUGGUGUUGGGUGUCAUGUGUGAUCCCGAUUCCAUGUGGCCAUGUGAGGAUGAUGAUGCGUGAUGCCAUGGAAAAUGUCUGGAGCACGCAUUAUGUGAAUGACAACUUCUCCUUCAGGCACCUCGACAGGGAGGUCUCAGAAGACGAGAAGAAGGCAAUGGCAUGUAAUACCCAUACUGCUGGCUGCUUUUUCCCGCCGCUUCGGAACCCUGUGAACUCGGAGGUGGUUGAAGGGAAUGUUUUCACUGGUGAGGAUGGCAGCACAUACACGCAUGCAAGAGGGCAGGAAGCCACGUACGAUGGAGUAUGCUCGCAGAUAUGGGACCAUGUCACAAUGAGGAGUGACGUUCUGUCUGCCAUGGACAUUGAGGCCCGUGUCAUCCCUGAAGGACAGUUGCAGCAGCAUAUGGCCCCUGAAAAAUAUGGCUAUCGUGCGAAUUGGGUCCCAGGAUGUUUGCAUCUUGCAGUGGUUGAUGGCAAGGUGACGAUGGCAGCAAGACUGCAAUCAGGGCAUUGGUUCCCAUUGGGAUGGAUGCAUGCAGGCAUUGUGGAGCAUUGGCAGUUCCUCGUGGUUCUGACACGUGUCUCAAUUUUCAAUGUGAAUGUAAAGGACCACGUCUUGGUGGUUGAACACGCAAAGCGGUGCUGGGAGAAGAUAAGGGAGGAGGAGCGUCAGAUGGUGUGCGCGGGUUAUGACUCCAUGGCUGACCAGGGGAUGUGGUCCAUGGUUGAGGGGAGUUGUACGGCCCAAGAGCACGGCUACGGUGAGAACAGAUACAUGGCUCACAUUCGUCGCAGGCACGGUUGCACGACUGUUCCUGGUUGGGUCCCGGUCGUAUGUCCCAUGACAUAUGAGCAUGGUGUAGACGUCACCAUGAGAUUCAAAGACCCGCUUGGUCACCCAUGUGGUCCUGGUCGCGUCGGGGGGUGCUUUGCAGCACAGGGUGACAUGGCCAGGCCGAGCGAUGUCGCGAUGUCGCAGAGCCCGGGGAAGAAGAAGAAGUGCACGCCGGGACCGCCACGUGGGCAGACGUCCGCAAGCAGAAAGAAGGUGAACCCGAAGGCGGUGCCAGGGACCGGAGACACCGCAGGUGCACGAACUCAGGUCCCCAGACGCCGUCGGCGCCAAGGGAUGACAACUUUGUCGGAAAUCAGAAAGUUGCAACGAUCCACCGACCUUUGCUUGGCUUUCAGGCCGUUCUUGCGUCUCGUGCGCGAGGUUGUGGAGCGGGACAUUGCUCCGGGUAUUAGCGUGAGGUUUCAGAUGACGGCGGUGCGUGCUUUGAUGGAGGUUGCCGAGGCGUACUUGGUCGCCAAUUUCGAGAACACCAACGAGGUGGCCAUCCAUUCGAAGAGAGUGACGAUCCAGGUCAGGGACACGAGACAAGUGGAUAGGUUGUCGAAGCCUCGCUGGGUUGAGAAAUAUCAAGAGGUAAUGAAGUAUGCAAAGGAGGGCGUUCACUACAACGGUGACAGCGAGUUGUCUUUGCUUCAGGACACGGUGCCGAGGUACUUCAUAGUCGCUGUGGAUAUGAGAUCCACAAUCAUGGCAAACGACGAGGGCUGGGUCAAAGCACGAACACUCUUGCAACGCUUCAGAGAGUCACCACAUGUACGUGUGGACAACGAUGUGGAAGACAGUGCAUACAGUCUAAAAGGAGUGGUCCAAUGGAUCUGCAGCGAAGGGAUGUGCGAAGAAGGAGACAUGGACAUGACAAUGCAGCAGACAGGGCGGACAUAUACACCUGCGAACUUGGGCAAGUUGCUGGGCACUGCCGCACGGAAUGGGGGAAUGCUGGUUGAUGGGUCGAAGGAGGAGUUGAAGAGUGGUGCUGCAGAAAUAUUGGUGUUAUCCAGAAUAAAUAACAUUACACAAACACCGCCACAAGACUUUCAAGAUGUUCCUGUCAUUGUCGCAGAUGGUGUGGAAUAUAUUCUGCUGGAUCAACUUGUGGACUUCAUGAAAAAGAGUGACGACGACAGGAAUGUCAUCCAUGAGGCGUUGCACGAAGUGACAGAGUUUGCACUGCAGGGUCAAGAUCUGAUAGAAUUUGUGUCAGCAAUAACAGAAGACAAGAUCAUAUCUGGCAGACCGUUGUGGGGGGAGUUAUUAUCAGCUGCUUUGGAGCGGCUCGGUCUUGCAAGCUGCGAUGUUCAAAGACAAAGAGAAAGAGAAGAAGGGUGGAAGGUGAUGACCACGAAAAUAAAUUUAGCAAUCAUUCCAGAAAACGGACAGACAUCAGCAUCACAAGAAUCAAUAACCAGUAUGGCAGUCGAUGUGCCUCUCAUGCAGACAGCAACGAGAGAGCAGCUAGUGUGUUGCGAUAUCUUCAAUGCUUUCACAAUGGAGAAAGAACAGUGUGAUCGUGGAUUUGAAGAGGCCGAUUUGCCAAGUUGUUGUGCAAAGUACACAGACAGUGCAGAAGAAGAAGAUGAAGAAGAGGAUGAGGGGGCAUUAUCUUCUGACGUGGAAGUGAGCGGCAGCGAUGUCAGCAGCGACGAGGAAGACGAGGAACAUGAUGUAUACUAUGAUUUGAAGGGUGCGGGUGGACAAGUGACAAAAGGGUGGGCACAUGCAAUUCUGAGGCUCGCACGUGCUUUUCCCGAUCCGCACAAAGUGCUGCGUGUUGUGAUGAAGGGGGCAACACCAGAUGGUGCACUACACGUCGAGAACCGUCCACCGAAGGCCCUCGAGAAGAGGUCGCGGGAAGACGGAAUGUCAAAGGUGCACCACAGGACAAAGAAGAGAAUCACGUACAAAAAGGACAGAAUGGUGGAGAUGAUCGAUCUGAGAGCCUCGGACGAUGUGCACAGCGCGGCCCGAGAGGAAGCAGAAGAGGAACACGACCAGUCUAUAUCAGAAAAGUCUGACGGGGAGGAGAACGAGGCAACAAGUGACGAGGGAGGUGACAGUCAAACUUCCGACGGACAUUCUCGCGACACUCACGACGCUGAUGAUGAGGACGCCAGGAACAACGACGGCACAACGCAGGACGAGGGCGGUGACGGGGCAGACGAAGGCAACAGAAGCGCGGACAGAAGAAGGAGUUAUCCAUCUCCAGGAAGAACACGACGCACGAGGGAACCCGAAAGUGGAGGCGAGGGAGGCGCAGCCGACGCACCCUCCAUUGACAGACAACUAAUGAGGCACGACAACGCAGUUAAAAAAGGUAAACAAAAUGUGUUGAAUUUGUUCCUCUUGCACAACGAUUACGUGGUGACGGCGCAAAGUGAUGACAGAUGUCACAGUGAUGAACUUACAGUUGAAACGGCCUGUCGAAUUUGGCAGGUGCAAAAAUGGGUGCGCAAUGCGGAGUUCUUAAUAUUAUUCUAUGCGUUGUAAUGUGUGUCUUCCAGCAGAUGGCACAAACUCGCAAAGAAAAGUGUGCGCGAGCAGGGGAGGACAGCAACAAGGCAAUCAAGAAAGCGGCGUAUU